AAUUCGCAGUUGCGCCUUCAGUCUUGCCACGACGACCGAAGGUGUGAGGUGUAGCAAAGUUUACUCAACUAGCUAGCACGCCGCAAUGAAGGUUCUACUCGUCGUUACGCUAAUGGCAACUCUCUUGCCGGAUGCAAAGUCGGCUAGCGAAAAUGCUACCAAUGCCACCAGUACUAGAGCGACCGCCACGAGCGCGACUAUUUCGGUUGAAUCUACGGCAGUGUCGAGAACUCUCUCCACGGCAACCACCAGUAAUGUGAUAACGACCGACAACUCGACCGCAGGCACAGAAGCAACGGGAACACAAGACAAGGUGAAACAACCUGUGAGCACCAAAGCUUCCGUGCAUUCGGCGACUCCCACAAAUGCUUUGGUCUGAAGCAAUUUCGGUUUUUUUCGUAGGGUUACAUGGUGACGGCAAGCUGCGUUGUGUUCUGGCUGGUGAUAAAUGGACUUGUCGUAACACUAGGAAUUCUCUUCUGAAAACAUUGUCGUGAUUGUAGUAAGCGUGUCAAUCCGUUGUAGCUCAGAUUGUGGAUUGCUUAGUUAGCUUCAGUUGUUGUUCAGCGUCUAGCAGCGUCUACUAUAGAUUAAUUAAAUACAAGAACGGACUAAUUUGUUGUAACGACUCA